UCGACUCGGGUUAUCGGUUUCGAUUUGAUUUUAAAGGUAUCAUUCCAUAACACUACAAUAUUUCAAAGGACUCAUUUUGACAGUUCCCUCCAAUUUCCCUCUUUUCUUCUCAAAAAAAUUCAAAAAAACCCUCCAAAUCUCCAGUUAGGUAUACAGUCAAGAUUCUUCCUUUCUGCAAUUUCCGACCAAAGAACUAGAGAAGGUGAAAGGAAAAUUGAAAUGGGUCAUCGAAAUCUGAGUCAUUAUCACCAUUUAGAGAACGAACAACAUCAAUCAGUAGAUGGGUUAUUGACCCUUUUCACCAAAGCCAACCAUGACCUGAACAUGGUUCAGAACAAGCUCGAGAAGGAAUUUCGACAAGUUUAUCCUGAUAAUGCGAACCCCAUGAAGCUAGUUUCAAGGAUUAAGAAAGUUCAGGAUGAAAUGUCCAGCUUGAAGGAGCAGUGUCGUGAGCUACUUGCAGCUAAACAGGAUUUGAUUGAUAAAGCUCGGGCAACCUUAGUUGGGAACAGGUCGUUGCUGCAAAGGUUGCAAUUAUCCACUGGUGUUCCUGUCAUCAGUGAUUCUGAUGAUCCAUCAUAUGCUAGUUUCAACCAGGUCAUUGAUGAAUGGACAACUCAAGUCAGAUCAAGAACAGAGGAUGAAAGCCCUGAAUCAGGUGAAGAUAUAAACCAGAUGCUGUUUUCAGCAAUUGUCGAUGAUAACUAAGAAGUCAUUCAACCUUUGAAUUGGGAAGAUGUUUGAUGUUAGAUAUCUAGUACUACAUGAGCUUGUAUGACAUCUUAUCAUGUUAUAUUCUAAAAUGGAGAUUUUGCAAUGGUCUCUUGGAGAAUUCUUGUAUCAUUUGGUUCUCUUUAAGUUUACAUAGUUGCUCUUUCUUGCUAUUUUAGACAUUGAUUAGUGACAUCAAGUAACUUUCUUUCUUUUACAAGAAUGUAAAAAGUAUUGUAAUACAUGUUAGAAAAUGAAUGAUUCAUUGUUUGAGCAAAGGCUAUACUCCUUUCCAA